AUGUCUGGUCGUGGCAAGGGUGGCAAGGGUCUCGGAAAGGGUGGUGCCAAGCGUCACCGCAAGAUCUUGCGCGACAACAUCCAGGGUAUCACAAAGCCCGCUAUCCGCCGUCUCGCUCGUCGUGGUGGUGUCAAGCGUAUUUCCGCCAUGAUCUACGAGGAGACCCGCGGUGUUCUCAAGACCUUCCUCGAGGGUGUUAUCCGCGACGCCGUUACCUACACUGAGCACGCCAAGCGCAAGACUGUCACCUCUCUCGACGUUGUCUACGCUCUCAAGCGCCAGGGCCGUACCCUCUACGGUUUCGGUGGUUAAGCGUUUCUUUUUCUUCUUCAUGGGUUUCACGACUGCUCUUCUGGCCGCAUAUUCAUCCAGCGGGCCGGGAUCGUUAUCAAUCAUCAUCAAUGGGUUAUCGGAUGGGAAGUGUGUUAAAUCACUAGUUGCUUUGGGGUCAAUGCCGAUGUACAAUCAUACAGGCAGGGGAGUUUAUGGGAAAUGCAAUGCAAUG